AUGACGGAUAUACCUGGACCAAAUCCCAGGGAACUAAGCAGGGAGGGCUCAAGUGUCGGGGAACUGUGUACCCCCCCUGAGAAAAGAAACAGUUGUCCAGAUACCUAUGACGUCAUUGUCAUCGGCGCAGGAUAUGCUGGACUACGCGCCGCACGCGACCUUGCUACGUAUAAUCGAAAAGUUUUGCUCCUCGAGGCCCGUGAUCGGGUUGGUGGGCGUACAUACACCGUGGAGGGCGAUGAAGAUGGAUUUCUGUACGAAAUGGGGGGUACUUAUGUCACUCAUCAUUUUGGAUACGUGCUCGGAGAACUGCAGCGUUACAAGAUGGAUCGUGAUUUAAUUGUUUCUCACCAAGAAGGCUACGAGAACAACUACUAUACACUGAAUGUCGAAGGCGCACCGGCAAGAAAUGUCAGUCACGAAGAAGCUGGACAGAUCACAUCUUCCGCUUGGGACCUGUUCGUUGACAUCGAUGGUAAUUCUUGUCGCAACAUCUGCCCACUUCCGCAUUCGCAGCUCGAUAAUAUCAUGGUUUCCCGAGCUGAUGUAGAGGCCAUUGACAAGAUUUCGUGCAAGGAGCGGAUAGAUCAAAUCAAGCACCUCCUUACAGCAGAGCAGCUGGGGACUCUAUCGGCGGUCAUUAUGCUUGUCACCGGAGGUAAACUCGAGAACUCGAGUCUAUGGGAAUGCAUUCGGACACACGCUCUUCUCAUUCAUGACUCAGCUAAUCUGGCUGAUCUAUGGACGACGUACAAACUGCGAGAAGGCCAAUCCGCCUUUGCCCGGCGUAUUUUCGACGACGCAGUAGACUUCGGCCUAGAAUAUGCUUUCAAAACUCCUGUUACAGCUAUCGCAGAUGAAAUCGAUAGUACUGAAGGGCGAGUCAAGGUGACAACCGCAAACAAUGGGAUUUUCAGAUCUCACCGUGUGAUAAGUACAAUUCCGCUCAAUAUUCUCAAGACGGUGCAGUUCAGUCCGCCCCUUUCACCGAAGCGCCAAGAGGCGAUCAACCUUGGACACAUCAAUUUCAUGACGAAAAUCCAUGCUGUGGUCGAAGGGUCUGGCUUAGCUUCUUGGAAUGGCAUGUGCUCCCCUGGAUACAUUGCCCAAGGCUACGGAGAUGGCGUCACAGCGCAGGGCAGCGCACAUAUUGUUGGGUUUGGCGGCGAUGAGAGAGAGAAUUUUACCCCUGAGCAUGAGCCGGAAAAGGUUAUUGCAGCUUUCCAGGCAUUGCACCCGAUGAAUGUUGAAAAGACUGUUUUUCAUAAUUGGUGUACUGACCCUUGGGCUAAUGGUGGUCCCGCAUGGUGGGCGCCUGAAUAUAUGUCUAAAUAUCAAGAUGAACUUCAAAAGCGCCAUGGGGCAAUUCUCUUUGCCUCCGGUGAUUGGGCCCAUGGAUGGCGGGCUUCUAUUGAUGGUGCAAUCGAGCAGGGAGCCCUGUGCGCAAUAGAGGCGUUGAGAGACUUGCGUCUGACCGAUGUGUCGCACGACCACCAACCGAAGCUUUGA